AUGAACGACAGUGUCCCCUUUAAGACCCGCAAGAAGAGGCCUCGCCCGGAGAACAGCAGUGACGAGGACAAACCUUUGUCGAUACAGUUAUAUCGAGAACGAGGUCGAAAUAUCAAUCAUAAUCGAGCGGAUUUGGCCAACGGCGAAAGCCUCGACACCACAAUCACGAAACCCAUCAGAUGCGAACACUCCGAGUCUGAUUCUGAUAUGCCCCUUAUGAAACGAGAUACUCGAAGUAGUGAAGGUCAUUACAGCCAGGGACAGGAAGGCGAUACAGCAGGAAACGAAUGGCAGAAACAGCCCGACAAGCAUGACGGCACAGUUAAAUGGGCAACACUCGAGCAUAACGGCGUUUGUAAAGAUGAGGUACGAUGGGAUCCCGAGCACACUCGAGCCGAAGCCGAAGAAGUUGCAUGCUUCUUUGGAGAAAUGCUGGAUGCCACGCACUAUGUCGACAAUGUUAUCAAGAGAACCUCAGGCGCCUGGAAUUUGCAGGGAAAGGUUUCACAAGUUAAGAAUAUGACCAAGUGUGACUUCUCUCCUAUAUUCGAACAUUUUCAGAUCAGAAAAGCUCAGAAGAAAGCUGAGCCACUGGCCCAAAGAAACGGACAAAAAGCUGCUAGAGAUGCGUUGGAGGAGCCUUUCAGACAUUGCACUUGGGAUGGCCAACAGCAAAAAGUGGGAAAUUUUCGAAUUGAGCCACCUGGGCUCUUCCGGGGCCGCGGAGACCACCCUAAAAAGGAAAAGACCAGAGCUUUGUCAGAGCAAGUGACGCUCAAUAUCGGCAAGGAUGCGGAUGUGCUUCCGCCCCGUAGGACACCAGUGGAAAGAUAUUAA